AUGGAAUCGAUGGAGGACAUAUCCCACACUGAUGACGAUGCAGCCAAAAGGAAGUCUUACGAGACACUGUUUGAAUCCAUGUCUCGAUAUGAGGACGCCUUUGACGAUGCCAACAACGAUCAUCGUUUCAAGAACGAGGAGUUCAAAACGCCGCUUUGCCGCGUCGAUCAUAAAUGGAUACAGAUCCCACCUUGGAAUGCGAAAACCCAUGUUCGAGCAUUCCGGCGCAGAGUUCGUAUGGACGCUACUGUUGCAAAUGGUGGGACUCUACAGGGUGGCCGAGAGUUCCUGCUUGUCGAGUGA